AUGUUACAUUGUCGAGUUCGUAUUUGUAGUAGGAACCAAGAUUUCUGUCUCAUUAUUGUUUAUGGUUCCAAUAGUUUAGAAUCUAGGAGAGUUUUGUGGAAUGAUCUGGCUCAUGUGCAUUUGCCUAUUCAAUCAUGGUUAGUUUUGGGGGAUUUUAAUGCAGUGUUUGAUAUCACAGAUCGUUUGGGUGGGAGGCCUAUAUCAGGGAAGGAAAUGGAGGAUGCUCAAAACUGGUUGGCUCUCGCUUCAGCUUUUUCCCAUUGGGAGGUGGUAUCUGAUCAUAUUACAUUGCUUAUCAAACAAGUUGAAGUCCGGAAUCUGGGGAUUCAGCCUUUUCAUUAUUUUAAUAUGUGGUAUUCUCAUCCUCAAUUCAGAGAUAUUGUGUUAGGCAGCUGGACUAAGCCUAUCUGUUCCGGGGGUGAUUGUUUGACGAGGCUGGUUGAGAAAUUGAGUAGGCUCAAACAUGUGCUAAAGAGAUUCAAUUGGAGGAUUAUGGGGGAUGUUGGGUGUCAAUUUGAGCAAAGUAAAUCUCUGUUCCAGCAGGCUCAUAAUGCUUUUUUUGCUGAUCCUAGCAAUGCUUCUUUGGUCUCGACAGAAAGAGAAGCUUAUUUGGAGUAUAGAAGACAAGAGAAAUUUUUUGAGAGUUUUCUUCGACAAAAGAGUAAGAUCACUUGGCUUCGAUUUGGGGAUGACAAUACGGCUUAUUUUCAUGUCAGUUUGAAGAAAAGGAAGAUGACCAAUCACAUAGUUUCUUAUAUAUCGGAUGAUGGGUCUGUUGUUCAUGAUUAUGAGAAGGUAACUCACCAUUUCCUUCAUCAUUUUCAGAGCUUCCUGGGCUGUGCGGGUAGAGCUAAUGGUCACAUUGAUAUGCAAAGUAUAUCUUGUGGUCCGGUUUUAGAUCUGGCUUCCCAACUGGAUCUAAUUAAACCUUUCACUUUCCAUGAUGUUAAAGUGGCCCUCUCUAGCAUUCAUUCGGUUAAAAGUCCUAGUCCUGAUGGGUAUGGGGCUGGUUUUUUCAAAGAUAUGUGGAAAGAUAUAAGCAUGUGGAAAGAAAUAGGCAGGGAGGUUUCACUGGCUGUCCUUGAGUUUUUUGAGACGGGUUUAAUUCCCCAAAGCUUAAAUGAUACUCUUUUGAUGCUGAUUCCGAAGGUGGACCAACCUUCUAAUGCUGCUGACUUUAGACCAAUAGCUUGCUGUACUACCAUCUAUAAAUGCAUUUCUAAGAUGCUUUGUAGUAGGCUUGCUUCAAUCCUUCCUUCUUUGAUUAACCCUAAUCAAGGUGCGUUUAUAUAG